CUGUCUGAAAUUUGCUUCCCUGUGUGGGUGCUGGUUGUCCUGCGCGCCCUGUGUGUCUCCCUUCAGGCACCGGUUCCUGUGAGGUGACGUCGCGCCGGUGACCGGAUGGCGCUGUGUAUGAGGAGGCUCCGAGGGGCCCCGGGGCUGGGCGGCAGGUGGAAGAGCGGGGUGAGGGGAGCCGGGGGAGCGGCUGUGAGACUCCGGGAAGGGAGCCGGGUCCACGAUGUCAUCUUGUUCCAAGAAUUGCGUCCCUUGCCCAGAACCAGCACUCCUGCUAGACGACCAGUACCUCCAAAAGCCAUUGUUGUUUCACCAAGUACCAGGCCUUUGGGCAUUGAACUGUCCUCAUCAACUUCUGAGCAGAACAGGUCUCUGCAGCAACUAAAGGACAUUAUAAUCCAAAGUAAACUACCUCCAAAACCAAUUUCCCAGUUCUUACACAGUGCAGAGCCCAGUGACUGCUACCCUCUUGGCAGGGAAUGUGGGUAUCUUAGCAGUGCACAGUUGGACUGUUUCCGAAGUCUCUUUGAACCUGGAUUGUGCAGGACCCCUUACCAAGCGCUGGCAUUUCCCACACCAUCAGCUAAAGAAGGUCUCUUGGAGUUUACCCUCAGUGGCAAAACUAAGGGCAGUCAGGCUACCGGGAGCAACCAGCCCAGUAUGGAAGAGCAUCUGGCGGUAAUGCAUGAGAAGCUGAGGGAGGAGCUGCCAAGGUUCUUCUGGAAACCAGCAAAUUAUUCUUUAUACAGAAAAGAUGUGGAGUUUAUCAGUAGCAUAUUUCAUGUGCACUCACGUGGUCUGGUUAAGUAUCAGCUCUUCCUGACCUUCACCCGGAUGCUGAUGUUGAUGUAUUAUAGCAACUGUCAUAUCUCCGUCUUGAAACUUACAUCUCACCCAGAGACCAACAGUAUCCAUGCCCGCUGGUCCUUCACUGGCCUCCCACUGCACUCUAUCUUUCUCUUCCUUUUUAAGAGUGAUAAGAAUGAGCUGUACAGGACAUAUGAUGCUUUUUCCACUUUCCAGCUUGCACCUGAUGGUCUCAUAUGUUUACAUAAACUAGAACGGGUGAUGCCAUCGUCGCCACUCACUGUAGCCAAGAAGACUAUAUUGGCUGCUGCAUUACUUGCUUUGGGACUGCAUGAUCGACCCGCAUUAAAUCUACUCUCCACCCCUAAAAUGCCUCAUGAACUGUAACCUCUGUUGAGCUGGGAGUGUAUUUUGUGCUGCUGCUGCCCUUUUAGCAAGUUCUACAUAGUAUAAAGAGACUGUGCCUGGAGCUGCCACCUCCUAGAGGACAGAGACCAGAUGUUGCAGAGCCAAUCUAGCAGGCCUUAGUGCAAUGUAACAUGUCACUGGAUGACUCCACUAUCAAACAUGUCUCUUUUCGAUCUGGCCUGUAUGUUGUUAUGGGAUCCUAACUUUAUCUGUGUCUGAGCCCAUUAUGAGGUAGGCAGUUUACCUGAUUGCACUGCUGUGUCUGCAUGCGCAACCUGGACCUUGCCUGUGGAUGUGUAACAUAUACUGUAUAUAAUUAAAUUAUAACAACAUUUUUGUUUCUCAG